CCGAACCACCAUUCCAUCUAUCGUUGAUUUCUUGCGACCUAAUCAACGAAUCAACCACAACUAACAAUGGCGCCGACAAAGACGAUAAAGAACAAGCACGCUGCGAACAAAUCUGGCAUCAAGGGCAGCAAAGAUGCGGAGAGGUCGAGGAACGAUGGAGUGCUCAAGUCUAAGGGAAAGCCGAAGGGCAAAGCUCACACUCUCGUGACUGCCAACAAGGGCCGACCGAACAUCCAAGAACUUAUUGCCAGGAAAAAGAAGAAGAAGACCUACAGCGAAAAGGAGCUUGCGAUUCCGGAACUCAACAUGAUCACCCCCGUUGGUGUGACCAAGCCAAAGGGAAAGAAGAAGGGCAAGGUGUUUGUUGAUGAUAAGGAGAGCAUGGCCACUAUCCUAGCCAUCGUACAAGCAGAAAAGGAGGGCCAGAUCGAGUCCAAGAUGAUCAAGGCGCGACAAAUGGAGGAGAUUCGCGAGGCGAGACGCGCUGAAGCCGAGAAGAAGGAGGCCGAGCGCAAGGCCAGACUUGAAGAGACUAAGGACUCGCUGCGCAAGAAGCGUAAGCGCAGCAAGCAGUCGGGCGGUGGCAAGGGCGACGACGACGACGACUCCAGAGAUGUCAAGGAGUUCUCGUCUGCAGGCACGAAAGCCGUUAAGUCGAAAAAGAAGAAGUCGGUAUCCUUCGCUGCUCCCGAAUAAAUAAUCAAGCAAGGAUGCUGGGAGCUUUGAAGGUCCCUCCUGGGAAUGGGCUGGGAGAGUGAAGACGGGAAGGGUGGAAGUUUGUCGUGUAAUACCUACACCAAGCAUUUUUUCUUCGCAUGUAUGGCGUCUGGGCGUUUAUAUCAAUCAAAGUCUGGCGGCGGGUAGGAUGGCUUGGCUUGGGGAAAAG